GUGUAGUUGUUAUUGUCAUAGAUUGCGCGACUUAUUCCAUUUUUGUUUUGUUUGCCCGGCAUUUUUUUCCUGUUUUGCUUGCUGUUCAUCAAAUAUUUUGUGCUAAUUAAAUUUAAUUAAAGAAAGAGUAGCACGUUUAAGUCAAAGUUUACCAAUCUGAAAAUGUUCUUAUAUAUAUUUAAGUUCAAUUAAAAAGGGAAACAAAAAAAGUGUAUAAGAAGUAAAAAAAUUUAAAAUGAAAAAUGGAAAAGUAAAUUAACAGGUUUCCUUGCGUCAGAAUAUUGUUUGAAUGCGCUAAAAAAUGUUACACUUGCCUCCUCACAUCACUAACUCUCUUUUGCAAAUAUUGAAACUGAAAAUUCCCAAUUAGGAAAGUAAAUAAGAGAGAAAGGGAGAAAGAAAGGAGCGAUUAUACACCAAUACGUUAAAAAAAGAAAACAAUAAAGUUAAUACAGUUAUAUUCAUAUUCUUAAGCUGCGAUCAAUAAUGUGAACAAAAGUAAUCAAUAUUAAGCGGAGUUGGCAAAAAUAAUUCAAAAUGUCAUUCAUUGUGCAAUAGUACACGAAUAUAAAAAAUUUUUUGUUAUGUAUUUACUGCCGCUGCUACUGCUGCUUAUUAAAUGGUUUUGCGUUUGUAAAGCACAACAAUACAAGAAUCCAUAUAAGAAUAUAAUAAUGAAAACGACAAUAACAAUAAUGAUAAAGACAACAAAUCGCACUAUAUGAAUAAAGAAAGCAACACGAAAGAAAAUAGAAAUUCAGCAUAUAUAUGAAAUACGCAGAAAUUCUUAGUUAUAUGCAAGUGUGCGUACAAUCAUAAUUAAUGACAAGAUCAGUGUCAGGGUCUACAUUAGUAUAACAUAUGCAGCACAAGAACGUUCUUGAGAAAUCAUUGCAAUAGCAUAAAACAGCGCACAACAUAAUAAAACAUUCGCGCGCACUCAUAUAUAUAUAUAUAUGUAUAUAUACAUAUACAGGAAUAUAUACAUGUUCCUUUGCUGCGUGUAAGUAUAAAAGUUAUUUUGUGUUUUCUGCAUUGGAUGUCAGUGACCAAAAAAAAGAAAAGAAACAAAAAAGAAGUGACUUAAUGUCAGUAACUAGCCGUGUCACAUUAACUAAGAUGCGUCGCUCGUCACUGAGUCGUAAUCAUUAUUUUGUGAUUGGUUUGGUGUUGGGUUUGCUAUUGUCUCUAUACAUUCCCCAAGAUUUAUGGGAAUUAGUGCAACAGGAAGAGUGUCCACAGCAAGCAGCCGAAAUUAAUUUAAUCGAAAAAUUCGGUCAAGAAUUCGAGCCACAUUUGAAUUUAAUUAAUAAACCAUUAGCAGCCAAAAAGCCGGUAAAAAAUGUAAUACGUCCACGAUAUUAUUCAUCAGAAUUGGGUAUAAGGGAGAAAUUAUUUAUCGGUGUCAUGACAACUCAGGAUAAUAUCAACACAUUGGCUACGGCCAUUAAUCGUACCACAGCACAUUUAGUGAAUAAAAUAAAAUUUUUUAUUAAUGCUGAUAAUGUUAAGACGAAUUAUAAACUUAAGAAUAUUGUUGGAUUCACAGAUACACGAGAGAAUUUGCGACCAUUCCAUGUUAUCAAAUACAUUGCCGAUAACUAUUUGGACGAUUUUGAUUAUUUUCUAAUCAUACGUGAUAAUGUAUAUGUGGAUGCACGUAAGCUAAAGGCGAUGCUCUAUCAUAUGAGUAUAACAUUCGAUUUAUAUAUGGGAACACGAACACGAGGGAGUGCUUUCGGCAACUACGGGGCCAAUGAUAACAAUAAUAAUAAUAAUAAUAAUAAUAAUAAUAAUGAUGAUAUGGCGUCAACGGCCGCUGUUGCCGCUAUGGCUGGGGAUGCCGUUUAUAAUUUUCUUAGUGCCAAUCGGGUAGCUGGUCAUGGCGAUAGUGGUAAUAAUGAUGAAUUUCGCAGUGAUCGUAAUUAUUGCGAUCUGAAUGCUGGCAUAUUGCUUAGCAGCAGUGUUAUACGUAAAAUGCGUAACAAUCUUGAUUGGUGCGUACGCAAUGGUAUAACAAAUAUACACACAAUUAAUAUAGGACGUUGCGUUAAGUAUUCCAGUAAUUUGCCAGGCUGCCAAGAAACCUUUCAGGGUAUACAACAAAAAACAUAUGCAUUGAAACCUACAGCAAAACUGUUUAAAGAUUUAAAUAUACUGGCGAAGGAUGCAACAUUUCAUAAUGCCACCACUAUAUAUCCGGUAACAAAUACAGAUGAUUUCUAUCGUCUACAUGCCUAUUUUUCAAAGCACCAUUUGGAAGUGAUUCAACGUCUUAGUAACAAUUUAGAACUGAAAUCAUAUCGUAUUGCCAAUGGUACCAUAUCGAAUAACAUAUUAGAGAUUCGAUGGCCGUUGGGCGUGCCUUUGCCAAGCACCCCCGAAACACGACACGAUAUACUUACUUGGCAUUUGCUAAAUCGCUCUCAUAUAUUUUUACCUAACGACGCCAAUAAUAUUGAACCUCUAAACAGUAUUGAAGCCCUCGAUCUCGAUAAAGUGCUCGAAUUAACAAAACAAUAUGCCACAUAUAAAUAUUCCACGUUACAAUAUAUGGGUAUACAUACCAUUUAUAGACGUUUUGAUGCUACCCGCGGUAUGGAUUAUCAGUUACAUUUAAAUUUUCGAGAAACGGGAAAAUUUGCUUCAAUUAGUCAAACUGAUACGUUAAUGAAGAGUUUUCAGAUUAUAAAGCCAUUAGGCCGCGUCGAGGUGGUGCCCUCGCCUUAUGUCACGGAGAGUACUCGUAUAGCCAUAUUAAUACCCACAUUUGAGCAUCAAGUUGAAUACGCUCAAGAUUUCAUUAAACAUUAUGAAAGCACUUGUAUGCGUAAUCAAGACAACACAUUCCUAUUAAUGAUAUUUAUGUAUCGCUUUGACUCUAUAAGUAAAGGUGAUACAGAUCCUUUUAGAGAUAUUAAAACGCUUGCCUUAGAUUUAUCGGCUAAAUAUAAGGCGGACGGCUCACGUAUUGCUUGGGUUUCCAUACGUCUGCGACCAACGCUAAGUAAUUCAGUUCCUGAUGAUCAUGUAAUGUUGAAUUCAUUAUAUGGUCAUAAUGAAAUUUUAAGUAUUGCCGUUGCCGAUCUUGCCUUACCUAAAAUAGGUCUUGAAAGCCUAGUAUUAAUGGCUUCAAAUUCCAUAACCUUUAAGCCUGAUUUUUUAAAUCGAGUACGCAUGAAUACGAUACAAGGCUUUCAGAUAUAUUCACCGAUUGGUUUCAUGCUUUAUCCAUGCCGUUUAGCAAGCUUUUGUAAAGACUGCGAAAGUUGCGAUGUAAGUCAAGGCAGCGGUUAUUUCGACAAAUGGAAUUAUGAUGUUAUAUCAUUCUACAGUCGAGAUUAUGUACAAGCUCGUAAACUAGUAGAGACAUCUUUGCCUAUAAUGCGCAUGGAUACCGAUAUUGAACGCUUGUUUACUCGUGCUGACAAAAGCAUUAACAACAUUUUGGAUAUGUUUGUAUCAUCAAAAGUGUCAGUUCAUAUAUUACGCGGUGUAGAACCAAAUUUACGUUAUGGUGGUGGCAUCAGGCAUUUCGUUGAUAAACACAGACGAGAAAACGGCAACAGCUUAACGCUGCCCAAAUGUCUGGCAGCAACGUCUGAUGUCAGCGAUCGCAAUAGUAAUAGUAAAAGUUUACCAGAGCCGCUAAUUGGCAGCAGUCAACAUAAAUGCAUUCAUUUAGCAUCCAGAAAACAAAUCGGCGAUGCCAUCAUACGUUAUGAAGACAAAAGUAUUAUACAUAAAUAAAAUUUAGUUAUAUAUAUCAUAGGGAUAUGCAUACGUAUAAAGUAUAUAUAUGUA